ACGGCUCCCAAGCCGAAGCCAACCCAGAACCCGGCCCUCCGUAUGAUGGGCCUCCCCGCCCUGCCGCGAAAGCUCCCGUCGCGCAAUUGGCUCAUAUUCUGGACCCUAGCCGGCACCCUCACCGGUGCCAUCAUCUACGACCGCCGCGAGAAGCGCCGCGCCACCGCGCGCUGGGCUCAUGCCGUCUCGCAUCUUGCCAAGGAGCCCAUUCCCGGCGGCAACCCCUCGGCCAUGCCCCGCAAGCUGACUAUUUACCUCGAGGCGCCGCCUGGCGAUGGGCUGCGCGUCGCCCAAGACCACUUUCGGGAGUACGUGAAGCCUGUGCUGGCUGCGAGCGGGCUUGACUGGGAGUUCAGACAAGGACGGCAGCAGGGGGACAUCCGCGCCGUGGUGGCGGAGGAGGUGCGGAAGAGAAGGCGGCGGGUGGAGAAGGACAUUGGCUCUGCCGACGCCGUAGAAGAGGGCACAGACCUACCUACAGAUGAUGACUUCAUUGAGAAUUUUCGGAGACAACACGGCAUUCCAGACUACGACGGUGUGCGGGGCGACAUCGUGAUCGGGCGGCAUACAUGGAAAGAGUACAUCCGGGGUCUGCACGAGGGCUGGCUGGGCCCGCUGAAGAUGCCACUGCACGCACAGCCUGAUCCCGAACCUGAAAAGAAGAGGGAAGGCGACGGAGAAGAACAAGAGAACAAGACCAAAAGGCCACGGCAACCCAAACCGUACAACUCGGUCGACGACUAUGCGACGGCCCACCUGCCGCUGCUCAUACCAGCCGAGCUGGCACCAUCGGCCCCGAUCUCCUUCCCCCACAUCCUGGGUUUUCUGAACACCCCGACACGUUUCUAUCGUUUUUUGACGAGGCGACGUCUGGCGGAUGAGAUAGGCGCCGAGGUCGCAGCCGUGUGCUUUGCCACGUACAGGGACUUCCGGGAGGUGGGUGAUGCCAACAGCUCGGAUAUGGACCAGCAGUGGGAGCAGCAGACGGCGCUGGUACAUGAGGAACAGAACUGGCUGAAGAGCGUCUGGAAAAGCGACACGGAUCUCGUGGACGGCUCGGUGUCGCCUGCUGCGCCGGCCAAGGAAAAAAUCUGGCCCAGGCCAGUGGUGCUCGACCCACGCAUCGCCAUGCGCAUGAGGAGAUUCGAGCUGCUGCCAGAGGACGAGCAACGCGCAAGGGCGAUUGUGGUCCCGGAGGAGGAGGUCGAGGGGUGGAUCAAGGGCAGCCUGAGAAGUCUGUGGAGAUGGGCUACUGACAAGCCCGAGAACAAGAAAAACCCCAUACCC